AUGAGUUCCCUCCUCUCUACACUAGUCAUGUUAUCUGUCCAGGCUUUACUGGUGGUCUGCAGCCCCCUGCAGGUCUUAGCGGAUGACCAUGUUAAUUUCAGCGUAUACGUGGAGAAUCAGACACGGGGUCGAGACGCCAUGAGUCGCCGGCAGCACAGAGUGUACCAGCUGUACAGCAGGACAAGUGGCAAACACGUGCAGGUGAUGGGGAGGAGAAUCAGUGCCAAGGGAGACGAUGGGGAUAAAUAUGCCCAGCUUGUUGUGGAGGCUGAUACUUUUGGAAGUCAGGUGAGAAUCCGUGGUAAAGAGACCAACUUCUACCUGUGCAUGAACCGUCGAGGAAAGCUUGUGGGGAAGAAGGCUAGUAAUCGCAGUGCAGACUGUGUCUUCGUUGAGAUGGUGCUGGAGAACCACUAUACAGCUCUGAUGUCAGCACGCUAUACGGGCUGGUACGUGGGCUUCACCAAGAGGGGGCGCCCCAGGAGAGGCCCUCAGACACUGCCCAACCAGCAGGACGUUCACUUCAUGAAGCGCCUGCCCCCCGGGGAGCAGCCCGACCUGCUGCCCUUCCGCUUCACCACGGUCAGCAAGAGAAGCAAGAAAGUGAGAGGGACCCGACCCACAGCCACUACAGCACCUACAUAG